UGCUAAAUCGACGGGAAAGAACAGUAUUAUUUCUUUACAGUGCGAGAUUGGCGGAAACGCCAAUUUGAAGAUUUUCUCUAUCUGGUACGUAAAUUGUAAGCAAAGAUGUUUUGGCUUUGACCAACGGCUGAUAGCGAUGCAAAUCAUUAUUCUAACGAAUUCAAAUCCUCGAACGACCCCCGCAAAGGCUGGGUGCUACAUCAACAAUGCCGUUUGUCAAAGAGAAAACAUUUCCAUUUUAUUUAAUUUUUCCCCGCAGUAUUUGAUGCCAGAAAUUUUUUCAUUUUCAGCCAUUCGCUAAGCACACUCUUCAAUUAUCAUCUUAAUGACGUCCGACGAAUUAAGCUGGUUUCCGUUCAGUUUAUGGUGAAAUAACCACGUUUUGCGGGUCACGUCACAUCCAUACAGUCUUUGUAAAGAACAAUAUUGCAAACUUUAGAGAGUUGGACAUGGAGGAGGAUUCGCAACAGGACUUUCAGCGUAUUUCCCGGUCUGAUAUUGUGUUGGCGGUCUUAUAUGCCGUUGUCAUAAUUGCGGGCAUUUUUGGCAAUUCGCUUGUCAUUGCCGUGGUUUGGAGAACGCGUUCAAUGCACACGGCCACGAACUAUCUGCUUGUGAACUUGGCGUCUAGCGAUAUUCUCGUUUUGUUAUGGUGCCCUCGCACUUACGAUUUCGCUGUCACGGGGUCGCUAACCAAAGGCACCACAGGCGACUACCUGUGCAGAUUUUUCAUCGCUGAUCCAAUAGAUAUUUUAUGUCUUGGUGUUACGUUAUUUACUCUGACCGUACUAGCGGUAGAACGGUAUCAAGCGCUCGUAACACCUCUAAGCACCAAAUAUAAGCUCACCAAGAAGAGUGUAAUAUACGCUAUCUCUACAACUUGGAUUGUUUCUUUACUAGUAAGCAUUCCAGACUUUAUUUUCACUCACUUUGAUGGCAAUCUUGGAAAAUGUGUGUCACCGUUGGGACCUGAAGUGGACGCUAGCAGCGGCAAAGCCACUUAUGUUGUCAUUGCGAUCAGCUUGAACAUCUUUAUUCCAUUCCUAGUCAUCACAUUUUGUUAUUUUCAGAUCCUACGUGGUAUGUUUAUUACUCAAACCAUUUGUGCGGGACCAGCGAACGUAAAUUCGGAGAAACGAAAACUUGCCGUUCUCAUUAUAGCUGUGACAGUUGUAUUCUAUAUCCUCGUUUUGCCUUUUGCCAUAUUCAUGCUCCACGUUGCUUUCAAGAACCACUUUACCAAAGAGUACAGACAUAAUGAAACUGACGUGACAGUGCUGAAAGUUUUAAGCUUUCUUAUCAUCGCCAACAGUUCUUUAAACCCAGUAUUGUACGCUUUUCAAAGCGAGAAUUACCGGAGGGGCUUCAGAAGUUUAUUCUGCCCCAAGAACUCUGUCGGCCAAGUACAAAAUUAUCCUCUGGGGUAAGAGAUGAUCAACCGUGAAAUCAGCGGGACGAUCGUCCAGGAUGAAAUAGUCCUAAAGUGCGAUCUGCGAAGGAAUCUAUCAGAGUCAAUUCCUCUGGAUUUUAUCAUCAGGAAGAAAAGCUGUGUCAGUGAGUGUCAGUUUGAAAAGGAGUAAAGAAUAUCCCGCAAAUCUGAUACAUGAUCAGACUGAACAACGAGGCGGAAUUUCGCACUACGCAAGAGACAAUGUGGCGCUAAUUAAUUUGUAUGUUUUUGCAGCUUUUUCUAGAAAGAUCAGCUUAGGGAUUACAAAAACAGCGUGUAAAUAAUCGAGCUAAGUUAUCCAUUGCUCUAAUAUUAUGGUGAACUUGUUUACAUACAUGCAGUGCAACCUUUUAACCGUUCCUUUUUUUUUCCCGCAAAACAAGACGCGUUUUCAUUCUCUUAAACGUGCUGUCUUUGAGAUAUACCGAGAGGCGAAUGAUGAAAAUUUUAUUUAACAUGUAUAACCCUUCAGGUUUAGACCACACAAACAUCAUUAACAUAACACAAUAAAACACAACAAUAGUCUAACAAUUGUCUAAUCCGGUCUCUCGCAUACAUCCAACUUGUUGCGCAAAGUUUAUUUCUACAAAACGUUCAGGUUUUAACUGUGGUUUAGUUCUCCUAGGAAUGAUGCCCGUGCAGCAGAUGGUCUUUUAAAGCGCAAAACCCUCGUUGACGUUAUCUAAACAAAAUUGCGUGCAUUUCACUUAAAGCUACUCAGUAAAUGUCAAAAAAUGCCAGAUUAUCUCGACAAAAACAACUCGUAUCGCACUAAAAAUUCUUCUUUGAGAGCUUUUCAAAGGUGAAAUAGUCGUGCUCAAGUGAAUUCGAGUCAAGUACAUAUUAUUUCAUCCGGUCUGUCACACAGCCUCGCGACAAAUUGAUUCCUUGAUUAAUUUUCAAAUAUGAUUACUCUUAGUGGAACUUUAUUUUUCAUUCCCUGUCUUAUUAGUGUUUUGUAAACAUCAGUGACAUCGAAUGGUUUCCUGUAGGUAGCUUGAGUAAAACGUCAAACGAGACGCCAAACUCAAAACAACACUAGCAAAAAAGAAAAGAUUCUCGUUCUCCUGAACGGAAAUGAGUAACACUGGUGAUCGGAAAUUAAAAAAUGUCCUUGUUUAUUGGAAGUAAAAUUGUAAUUGUCAGUAUUUUUCUUUAAUAGGAUUGCAACUUUUUAUUUCAGUUUUGGAACCGACCGAACCCUCUAAUAUCCCCAGUGAUGUUCUCGGAAUCCAUUUUGCUUCGAAAAAAAUUUGUUGCUAUAGGAUUUUACCCCAAAUGCAUUGACCGUCACCCGAGAAAAGACCGGCUUAAUAUAACAGGAUGUACAAUGUUACGAUAGCGGCUUAUCUCGCACACAUUACAGAAAUCGUUGUUAAUUAACUUGUGGAGAAAUUGGGGGUCAUAGAGUCAGACGUGUUUGACCACACUUGGUGAAAAUUCUACGGAGAAACCAUUUCCUUACUAUUCUCUAACUUAACCCGAGUUUCAUCUACAGUAUUUCAUAUUAAACUGACAAAGCAGUAGGUAAAUAGGGAAAAGAAACUGAGGUGCUGUGUCGGUAUGGAGUAUAGCGAGGUUUCAUCACUUGAGUCAAUAAUGUAAACUGGCCGCCGUAAAGAGUUAAUUAAAGCUGCUGAGAAAGCUUUUACAAGGUAUUUUUCGCAAAGGUCUGUGAUUGGUCUAGACAACUUGUACUGUUCCUUCAUGCAAAUCCUCGAUCAAUCACGACUAUAGUCACGAUUAGUCAUUGUUUUUUUCCCGUGCGGAUGUUGGUCUCUGCGUUUACGACGAGUUAUCAUCGGCGGGCAUUAGCUAUAUCUUGUGAAUCCAAUCUUCUCCCUCUCUGGCCAUCAUGGUUCAUUAUGCCAUUAUUUGUGUUUUUCUAUCUUACUAAACGAAUGUUCCAUUUAAGCUGAUGGUAAUUCUGUAAAUUGCACUCAAGUUC